GAAAUCUCCGGGAGAAGUACUUGAGCAAUAGAUUUCAGAGCAUAUGCUAAGAAAUCUGAGAACUUCACGUGUCCAAACCGUUCAUCCCUUGGAUAAGGAUACUCCAUGGAUCCACCAAGAACAGGGCGUGCAUAGGCGUCACCUUUGUCUGGAUUACCUAAAUCAUUGUAGUAAGCAUAGUCAUAAACUCUAUCCCAUUCUUUCAGCUCUCCUUUCCCAUUUCCUCGCAGGUUGGCAAGUUCUUGUUGUCUGUAUUGACGCAAUGGCUCUGGCGUUUGACAUGGGUAGACCCACGAAUUGCAGAUGAAAUGGACGCGGCCAUGGCCGGGGACAUCGUCCAAAGUUAAGGUCUUGAGGUAGAAUUGACUGUGGUGAUGGUUUCUGAUGAUGAAAGCUCCAGGGACGCCCAUGGCGGAGUGAUCCCAAUCGAAGGAGGAGAGAAAGUGCUGACCUGGGUCUGGAUGAACAGAGCUAAUGAGGUGGAUGGAGACUCCUUUGCCGAGAAGCUCGUGAAUUCGAUCGAGGAACGAAGCUUUGACGUCGUGCAAGUCCAGCACGUUCUUCUUCAUCAACACAACCGUCCCCAUGAUCUUGUUGCUGCUGCUGCUGCUGUUGUUGUUGCUGCUACUGGUGCUGCCAUUCUCGGUUAUGGCGAUAUCUCUGGGCUGCACACAGCAACUUUCCAUGACUUUCUGCAACAUUUUUUCACCCUGCUCGGUUUGGAAGGGAGGAAGGAAAACAGAGGGAAGGAAGGAAGGAAGGAAGAUUCGAAGAGUGAGUUUUGAAGUGGGAUCUGCGGGGGAGGAAUGGAGUGGAGAUAUUGGUCAUGUAUUUUUAUAGACGGCAAACCAGCUGGAUUGAUGUUACUUGUUUAUGUCA